AUGAAUGAAGUGGAAGACACAUUUAAUCGAAUUCAGAUGCACAAAGGCGUUCAGGGUGUUAUUAUCAUGAACAACGAUGCUGUGCCUAUCCGCACGACAAUGGACAAACCAAUGACGGUGCACUAUUGCGCGCUCUCACAGCAACUCGUCUCCAAGUCAAGGGCUGGCGUCCGUGACGGCGAUCCCACUAACGACCUCACUUUUCUGCGUAUCCGCAGCAAGAAAAAUGAGAUUAUGAUCGCGCCUGGUACGCGUGUUCACUUAUAG